AAUAUUGGUAUUAUUCUGGCAGGUGCCCUGCUUCCACUUGAAAAAUAACUAUUAAACACAUUAUUUAUUGAAACGUUUUAGAAGUUUAUUAUAAAAAUGAGCAAAGCAGCUAAUGCGCCUGCUAAGCGUGGACGGGGGAAAGAUAACGAUAGUGAUGCUGGCACUGACGAUCAAGGAGUAGUUGGAACUUUUGAAACACUUCGCGAUGAGGGUGAGCACUUUGUGCACGUUAAACAGUAUGAAAAAGCCAUUGAGAGCUUUACUAAGGCCCUGGAGAUGAAAGCUGGGGAUAAAACAUGUUUAGUUGUUAGAUCAAAGUGCUAUCUUAUGCUGGGCAAUGCAGAAAAAGCUUUAGCUGAUGCUGAAGCAGCAUUAGAACAAGAUGAAGAUGGCAAAAGAGAUAUAAGAGCUUUGAAUAUGAAAGCUGAAGCGUUGUAUCAAAAAGGAGACUUUGAAAGUGCAUUAGUGUUUUAUCACAGAGGAAACAAGUUAAGACCAGAACUUCAAGAAUUUAGAUUAGGCAUUCAAAAAUGUGAAGAAGCAAUAGACAACAGCAUAGGAACUCCUAAUGCAGUACACUUGGAAGCUACCGGGGAUCUUUCAUACUUUUACAAACAAAAUGAAAAUCAAAAAAAUAAGCAAAAGAAACAACAAAAGGGCUACACUAAAGUCAAUCAGCCAGCUAAGAAAGAGGAAAAGAAAGAACGUCAACGACCCCAAGAAGGCACCAAUUCAAAAACAACAAAAGAAUUGUUAGGAGAACUGUAUAAAGAUAAAGAAUACUUAGAAAAACUUUUUGAUUGUUUAUCAAACAAUGGAAACCAAACAGACGAUUACAUCAAAGGCAGGGCUUGUGAUGGAUUAGAAUACUUAAAUAGUAGAUCAGAUUUUUGGAGACAACAGAAACCAAUGUAUGCUAGAAAACGGGAAAAGCAGUCACGGUCCGCUAAAGGAUCUGCUGGUCCAAGGGGUACUGAUCCAAUGAAGUAUGUCCUUCAGAAGCUAGAGGAAAUAGAUGAAGCUCAAUCUGAAGGUAGAUACCAAGAUAGUUUAGAUAAAUGUAAACACACACUGAAGAGGGUUGAAGCUAUGCCAGAAGGUUCUCUUAAGAAUAAACCAGAUGUUAUUGCAAACUUGUACAGCUCAAUGGGAAAUGCAUAUUUAGAAAUGGGGAAAUAUUCACAAGCCCUCGAUUAUCACAACAAAGACCUAAACAUUGCAAAAGACAAUCAGCUGGAAGAGGCUGAAUCUAGAGCUCUUGACAAUUUGGGUAGAACAAAUGCCAAAAUGGGAGAAUUUGCAGAAGCUAUUGAGAUAUGGAAACAAAAAGUACCAAAAAGCAAAUCUUCAUUGGAAAGAACAUGGUUAUAUCAUGAGAUUGGUCGCUGUCAUUUAGAGCUAGGGGAGUACAAUGAGGCCAAGGAUUAUGGAGAAAAAUCUAUAGAUGCUGCAAAAGAUGCUGAUGAUGCAGGAUGGCAGCUUCAUGCACGAGUGCUAGUUGCACAGUCCGAAGUGAAAUGUGAGAACUAUGAAGCAGCAUCAGACUCAUUUACUUUGGCUCUUGAACUAGCAGAAAAUCAAAAUGAUAAAGCUAUCAAAAAAGCUUUAGAAGAGGUCAAUGCUAAAAUUGUAAAAAAUAACAAAGAAGGUGAAGAAGAUGAGCAUGCAGAUAAUGGUAGGAGUUCACAUAAUGAACACAGAGAUUCAGAUAAUGAGAAGAAAGAUUCUGACAAAGAAGGCAAAAGAUCUCCAGCUAGAAGUCCUAGUCCCAAAGGUAAAGACAAAAAAAAUAAAGAUUCAAAAGGAAAAAAUAAAAAAUGAGGUAAAAAUGAUUAGAAAAUAUUUAAAUUAAGAAAAUAAAACAGAUGAAAUAGACAGCAGCAACAAUGAAAGUCAUGUCUAAUGGAUCCUUCUGGAUUGCUACAAAAAUUAAGGAAAUGAAUUUUCUUUAAGUUUUUCCCUGAUAAUUUAAAACAACAAAACUUAAAAUGGUAUCAAGUGUACUGCUAAUUUAUGUAGAAAGAUUACAAAAUUGUUUUAACUUUAUUGCAGUGCUGAGCCCAUCAGUAUUAUUAAAUCUGGUGUACAGUUUCAUUACAAACAUAUUUUGUUGACUCUUAUCAAAGACUUAUUAUUAAAACCCGUAUUUUUAUUAUGUUAAGCUUUUUUUCAAAUAGUUUAUAUGGUUAAGGGGUUUUAACUAAACUUUGAAUAAUUCUAUAUAAGGUGUUCCAACUUUGAUAAUAAAAUGUUUUUACUUUAUUAACUUUUUUUGUAACAACUUUUUUAUCAUUCCAAACUUGUGUAGACUUAGAAAUCUAUUCUGGAAAAAAAUGUUUGAUAAAUUAUAAAGAUACCUAUAUUUAGAAAUAGGUAUUACUUUGCAAAUGUGUUUUUACCCAAUACAUUUUUCAUGAAGCAAAAUUAUCAGCAUGCACAUAUAUACAUAAAAUAUGUGAUUUAGUUAGACAUUAAACAAAUUAAAUACAUCCAAAUAAGAAUUUUGAGGGGACUAAUGUCAUAAAACAAAUGUUAAUUAAAGUACUUUCUAUUUUCAUAAAUGA